AUGUCGUAUAUCGUCGUCCGCGGCUCGUCCUCCGACUUAUGGCACCAAAACGAGAAGCUAUUCGAGAGAUUAAAGCCGUAUGUAGUCGUCGCAUUCGCCAUUCUCGUGCUCGGCGUACCGCUGCUGCUAAUAUUCCAGCCAAUCGAAGCUCUGUCGACCGACGUUGCCGCUUCCGAUGCCGUUACUGACGGCACGUCCGCAUUGAGCUUUGACGCGACUCGACGAUCGGGCGAUUCUGCUGCCUUUGCAUCCUCCUUCGCUGCAUCCUCGUUAGAAGCCGGCGUCAUUAAAGGGGUCAACAUUGCAUGGUCGCUAUGCCGAGCCGAGGCUGCUUAUUGGGCUGAUAUAGAGCGUAGAAAAGCAGCUCAUAACGGGGAUCAGUGGCCCAUGGACGCAUAUGACCUGCCGCAGCUGCUGCUGUCUGUGCUCAUGCCCACUUACCCUUGCCCUGCAGAGGAGCGAGUGGGCGCGUGGGGGGAUGGCGGGAAGGUAAGGGUAGUCCGGGGAGGGAUUGAUUGGGAUCUUUCGGUUACUCCCUACCCCCCUCUGCCUUUUGAGUCGACUCAAAAGGUUCUUUCGGAGCGAGUGUUUGCGUGGGGGGAUGGCGGGAAGGUGAGCAGCGGGAAAGGGGAGGUCCAUGUUGGGGUUAUCUUGCCUACCCGUCUCUGCUGCUGCCUGUGCUCAUGCCCACUUACCCUUGCCCGGAAGAGGAGAGAGCGGGUGCAAGGGGGGAUGGGAAGUAUGUAUGCUGUAUGCAUACUGCCAACAAAUAUCCUCCCCCCUCGCCCUCCUCUCUCCUCCCCUGCCUCUCCCUCACCUUUCUAUCCACUGCAGUAUUGGGUAUGCAUGCUUCCAACUGCGAUCCGAGAUAACCCUGUAGUGUACAGUGUGGGUAGCAACGAGCAGUACGACUUCGAGCAGGCCAUCGGCGCUGCGCUGCACACCAAGCCAUUCACCUUCGACCCAUUCCUCUCCGCCAACGCCACUGCUCACAUGCACGCCCUCCCCUUCCUCCACUUCAACGAAAUAGCCAUCGCCGGCGCAGCAAGCCUCGAAAAAUUCCGAGACGAAAACCCCGGGAUCACCUUUAUGACUCUGCAAGAGGCGAUGAAGAAACUAGGGCAUGAGUAUGUGGAUGUGCUGAAAAUGGACUUCUCUCCCUCCCAUGUUCCCCUCCCUGGUGCCACUGCCACCCCUUUUCCCCCACACAACAGCAUGCACAAGCCCCAGCACUCCCUCCCAUUUCUCCACGCCAUGGAGGGUAUGGGGUACCGCAUGUUGCACGUGGAGCCCAACCCACCACAUCCCCCUUUUCCCCCUCCCCCCUCCCCUUCCUCCCCUUACCACAGGAUGCACAAGCCCCCGUCUCUACGCCUUGGAGGGCAUGGGGUACCACAUCAUAUGCACAAGCCCCAGCACUCCCUCCCUUACUUGUACGCCAUGGAGGGCAUGGGGAACCGCAUGUUCCAUUCCCUUCCCUACUUGUACGCCAUGGAGGGCAUGGGGUACCGCAUGUUCCACGUGGAGCCCAACCCGCUGUGCUACCCGUGCAUCGAGGUGGCGUUUAUACAUGAAGACCUGGUGGUUCCGCCCUUGAGCCUUGACUGUGCGGGUGUGCUGCGGCGGUCUCAGGUUUCGGACUAUGUUGCGCAGUGGCUGCCUGGAGGAGGGGGGGGAUGGGCAGCAGGAGGGGGAGGAGGUGGGGGAGGGGGAGGGGGAGGGGGAGGGGGAGGGGGAGGGGGAGGGGGAGAGGGAGGGGGAGGGGGAGGGGGAGGGGGAGAGGGAGGGGGAGGGGGAGGGGGAGGGGGAGGGGGAGGGGGAGCGGGAGGAGGAGAGGGAGGAGAAAGGGAAGGGGAAGGGGGAGGGGAAGCGGAAGGGGGAGAGGAAGCGGAAGGGGGAGGGGAAGCGGAAGGGGGAGGGGAAGCGGAAGGGGGAGGGGAAGCGGAAGGGGGAGGGGAAGCGGAAGGGGGAGGGGAAGGGGGAGGGGAUGAUGGUGCAUAA